AUGGCGGAAGACGUGCGGAGAUCGGGGCGAGCCCGGCAGCCCAACAAGAAAUACACGGUUGACCCCUUCGAAGGUCUAGAAAAAGCUUUAUAUGCAUCGAGUGACUCUGGCUCUAGCAGCACGUCGGCGCCUCCACGCGAAGAAUCGGAGGAUGACGUCGAAUUUGUGGUGCUAGACGAUGCUCCCGAGGAAGAAGAGGACGAUGAGGAGCUUCACGGCGACGUUGUUCCCUCGUCUGACUCUGAGCAAGAGGGCUUCGAUGAGCCGGGCAACGACGAGGUUGCUCUAGACGACCUGGAGCCUGGCCCGCUUACUGGGACUGAUAUUGAGCGACUCGGACGGCAUCGUGUUCCAAGCCGACGCGCUGUCAUAGGCUUGCGAUUGCGUAACCUCAAGGGCGUUGCAUUCCGCACCGAAGUUCAAUCUGGGACGCAUACUCGGGGAGUUAACGAAUUCAAAACCAAGAGCGCGAAAGAGCAAAGAGUUUUGUACAUGUUCGGCCCCACUAAGGAGGACAUUGAGCCUGUUCUGAAGACUAGAGAUAAGUGGCUCUGGAAUCCAACUUUACCCUCACGCACAACUGGUGACGAUGGAAUCGGUGGCAUGGGGCCAAGUUUCUAUGUUUCAAAAGGGGUCAAAGAGAAGGAAAAGAACCAGACACGAAACUGGUACUUUGGAAAGGGAGGAAAGGAUGCUUUCGCCUCUGGACAGCAAAGCGAGCUCUUGAGCAGUGGGGAUGCUCAGAUAUAUAUGCCGAAAACAGAGGGCAACUUUCACAACUUCGUCGCAGGACCCGCGCAUAAGCAAAAGCUAUUUACGCUCAAGACAGGGGAGAGCGUGAGAAUAUCAGAGCCAUUCGAAGAUGACAGAAGCGGGUUCAUCCUCAACCUCGGUGCCAAAAUCCUGGAUCUUCAAUGGGCGCCAAUCGUCCAGGGAUCUACCCAUUACCUCGCCAUAAUUGUAAAAAAAGAGAAUCCAUCCAUCAAGAAGGGUUCAAACUUCAAGUCGCCUGCAUACGCUCCCCAGCUACCGUUUCCUGCCUCCAUCCAGAUAUGGGCCUUCAAAGCUCUGGAAGAUGGCACUAUGGACUCGCAGUCUCCGCCCUAUCUCGAAGUAGCCAUUUGUACAGAUUGGGCCAAUAUCAAGGAGCUGAAAUGGUGUCCAGUUACCAUGUCAGAUUCCAACGAAUCCGACGACCAUACGACGAUGCACCUAGGCCUCCUCGCCGCCAUCUUCGGCGACGGCAAACUACGCGUCCUCGAUAUCACCUAUCCAAAAUCAACAUCCCCAACCUACCUCCACAUCACCCACUCCGCCUUCGAGUCCUGCCCCGCAGACACAGUUUUCACAUGUCUAACUUGGGUCUCUUCCCGCACUAUCGCUGCCGGCACCGCCAUCGGCACCGUUGCCGUCUACACUCUCGACUCCACCACCCUAUCUACCUCUGAUCCGCGCGCAGACGCAGUCCCCUGGUUCUACCAACCUAUGCAAGACUCCUACAUACUCGCCAUCGCCUCUGCCUACCCCUCCCGCCCCUCCUACCUCAGCACCCUCUGCUCAGACGGGCACAUGCGCCUCAUCGACCUGCGUAGUCCCUCAAUGGACACUACGGGGGCCUCCCGCCAGCGCGUCUUCUGCCGCCCGCUGCUAUGGCACGAGCAUAGCCAGUCUUUCGUCGCUACGGACGAAAACUUCUACGUGCGUUUACAUGGACUGCGCCGCUUUUACAUGCACACCCUCGUCCUCCGCUGCCCAUCAUUCGUGACUUGCGCAGCGGUGGGUACCGCGCAUCCGAUCCUCAUGACUGGUAGCGCAGGUGGCGAAGUCACGACGAACAACCCUCUCCGACGAGCUCUCGACGUGAAAUGUGAGAGCUGGCAGCAGGUGUGGUUCCAAUAUGAGUACAGACGGCCGAUAAAGCCACCCGGCAUCAACGGCAACGCAGCCGGCUCAUCCGCUCCUCCACUCACCCCUCAAGACGCGGCUUCCCAACCCCUCUCCCGCUUCAUAACCGGCCACGAACCUACCCAGCAACUCUUGCAGCGGCCCAAUGGGCACGCCUAUCCCGCCUCAGCUUCAGAUCCAAACUCGCCCUUGAAUCCUAAAGAUGUUAACAUUGGUUCAGAUGGGGGACCGCUGGCGCCGACUAUCUAUGAGGAGGAGCAGGCGGUUACGGCGUUGGCGUGGAAUCCGAAUAUUAGAGUCGGUGGGUGGGCGGCGGCGGGGUUGGGGAGUGGCCUGGUGAGGGUGGAGGAUUUGUGUGUGCAGACUCUCUGA